AUGGCCCAUGGUUUAAUUCCUACUGUUAAAAACCAAAAAGUGGAAGAUGUUGGAAAUACAAUUUGGAAGGAGCUGUGUUGGAGAUCAUUUUUUCAAGAAGAAAAAGAGAACAAAGAUUGGGUUGAUGAAGUUUAUACAACAUGUAAGAUGCACGAUCUUAUGCAUGAUCUUGCACAAUCUAUUAUGAAAGAGGAAUGUUAUACAAUGGAUGCUAAUAGCUCAACUGAUGAUUUGGGACAUGAAAUUCGUCAUUUAACAAUAAUGGUUGAUCAGUUAAACAAUAAAUCAGUUUGUUCUCUUAAGAAAAUAAGAGGGUUGCAAUCAAUAAUGCUCAACGGUAAAGAUGAUGGAAAAGUUAAAAAGGAGAUUUUGAGUGUCUUGAAAGAACUUCCUUCUUUACGUGUCCUUAAAUUAAGAAACAUUGCAAAAUAUCAAAAUUUGCAUCAUGUGGGAGGUCUAAAACAUCUUAGAUACUUAAACAUUUCCCAUAGUGAUAUAACAACAUUACCUAAUGGUAUUUGUGAUCUCUUGAAUUUACCGACUCUGAAACUCAAUUAUUGUUAUGAUCUUGAAAGUUUGCCGAUAAAUAUGAAAGACCUUAUUAACUUGCGACAUCUUUAUUUGGAGAAUUGUAGUGGAUUAAAAUAUAUGCCAGGAGGGAUGGGGAGAUUGAAACAUCUCAAGACGUUAAGCUUGCUUGUGAUAGGCAUGAAGAAGAGAGACUACCAACUAGAUGAAUUAAAAGAAUUGGAUAUCAGCGGAUCAUUGAAAAUCAAGAACCUUGGAAGAGUUAGUGAUGCAUCUAUUGCAAGAGGUGUAAGUAUGGCUAAAAGGUCGAGUAUCAAUAAGUUGGAGUUGGACUGGACAUCUGAUGAUUAUGACGAUGAAGAUGAUGAUAAUGAGAGAAAGAGUACUAGACAUGAGAAAAUAGGUGAAGCUCUGGAGGUUUCAACUACAAGGCUGAAGAUAUUGAUCAUGAGUGGCUACAAAGGCAUGAAUCUCCCUAAAUGGGUGGGAAAGCCAUAUUCUUCUCUAACACGUCUCGAGCUUUGGGGCUUGGACAAUGUGAAUACUAUUGCUAGUAGUAGCAAUGACAAUAAAGUGAUAGUACUAUUCCCUUUGUUAGAGAAACUUGUUAUUGGUCUCAUGAAUAAUUUAAGGGAAUUGGUGUCACCUAGCUGUUGGAGUAUUACUGGAGCAUUCCCUAAUCUCUGCAAGCUCUACAUAUAUGAUUGCCCAAAGUUAGGGAGGUUGCCACCACAUCUGAAAGCACUCAAAGAUGUAAUUGUUGAUGUUAAAUGUUCAGAUGAAUUGUUAUAUAGCAUUUUGAAUCUUAAUGGUCUCACUCAUCUCACACUUAGUGGAUUGAAUAAUCAUGGGGAUCACAUAUUCUCCGUCAACAACAUGAAUACUAGUGCUAGUAGCGAUGACAUGAAUGGAAUGGAAGUAGUAUUACUCCCUUCACUAGAGAUAUUUACUAUUCGUGAAAUGAAGAAUUUGAGGGAAUUGGUGUCUCCUACUAUUAUUCCUAGUACCGGAGCAUUCCCUAAUCUAUGCUCGCUGAGGAUAGAUAAUUGCCCAAAGCUAGGGGCCUUGCCAGUACUGCAUCUCAAAGCACUCAAAGAUGUAAGUGUUUCAGGUGAAUGUUCGAAUGAGUUGUUAUAUAGCAUCUCAAAUCUUAGUGCUCUCACUCAUCUCAAAAUUUAUAGAAUGGGUGAAAGAAGAGUUUUAUUUGGAGUUGGUAAGACAUUAAUGUUUGACAAUAAUGAAGCACAAAGAAGACAGUCAACUUUCCAAUCUCUUCAACAUCUGGAAAUUAGCAGCUGCCACAAGUUAAGGCGUUUAUUUGAUGAGGGAAUGAUAAUGCAAGAAGAGACAUUAAAGAUUAGUGACCGUCAGAACCAACAAAAGUAUCAUCAUCUUCUUCAAGGACAAAGAAAAAGAACCAGAGGUCUCAUCAACUCUCUCACGCAAUUGACUAUUUACGAGUGUCCCGAGUUGAUGAUAUCACUUGAGGAAUUCAGAAACCUCAAUAUUAAUGAUUCAAUACAGAGAUUCUGUAUCAUGGAUUGUACUAAGUUGGUGUCCUCAAAAGAUGAAGAAGCAGACGAUUUUAUCGCACUCCUAAGUACCCUUCGAGCAAGACUUGAUCCUAAGAACUUCUAUGUAGAUAUCAUACCGGAAUAG